AUGUUCUUGACUGUUCUUUUAGACAUAUACUAUAUCUCCUUUCUGAAAGACCAUCUGGUGACAAAGAGCAUCGUAUAUGUUCUCUGGCUCGUCGAGACUGUUCAGACUGUUAUCAAUAUUUCUGAUAUGUUCGACAUCUUCUGUUACGACUUUGGGAACCUUUCCGAACUUGACAAUGUACAUCUCACAUGGUUCAAUGUUCCCAUUCUCUCUGGAUUUGUUGGCUGUGUCUGUCAAUUAUUCUAUGCCUGGCAAAUGUAUAAAUUCAGCAAGAAGAUGCGAUGGAUAAGUCUUACUCUGUCAAUGUUUGCUUUUAUUCAAUUUGCGGGUGCUAUUGGUUGUGGCAUUACAGCACAGAGUCAUGACCGCUACUCAGACCUUCAGACAAACUUGACAAUCAAAGUGGCUACAAUGAUAUGGUUGGGUGGGAGCACUUUAUGUGAUGCUGCCAUUGCUUUAUGCAUGACUUAUCUUGUAAGUGAAUUAAGUCAAGCUCACACCGGUCUCAAAUCUACUCAGGUACUUAUUUCCAGGCUGAUACGACUAACCAUCGAAACCAGGACAGCAACAGCUACACUCGCUGUCAUUGAUAUCACGCUCUUUCUCGCAUAUCCUAAUAACAACUACCACACUGUUCCGGCAAUCUGCUUGGUAAAGGUUUAUUCAAAUACCAUCCUUGCUGUUUGCAACAGUCAUAUGACAAUGCAGAUUCGUGGAGGGAGGGAAGAUGCAACUCUUCACUCAUAUGAGUCUUUCGAUUUGUUACAUGGUGGAUUGAAUGUCGAGCUUCGAGAAACACAGACCAGCACAAAUGCGGAAUCUUCUGGGGGUCCCAAAGGAGGCGAAAGCAAGAAGACCAUCAUGCUUCUUCCCAAGGCAAAUGGUUCAACAUGGGACGUACUAGACACGAAGGUGAUACUUUCCCUCAAAUCAGGCAAUUAA